AUGGCAGUGCCCGGCCUGGAGCACCAGAACGGCACGGCGAGCGGGAGCAAGGGCCAGCCGGCCUCGGACGAGGUGGACGGCCGGGGGAGGAGGAAGCCCAGGGUGCUGCUCAUGGGGCCAAGAAGUGCGGGCAAGUCGAGCAUCCGCAAGGUCGUCUUCGAGGGCAUGGCGCCGAGCGAUACCCUCUUCAUCGAGCGCACCAAUAAGUCGUCGCUCGACGACAUCAACUCGUUCCUGUCGAUGCGCAUGUUCGACCUCCCGGGAGGCCAGCUCGACCCGGAGCAGCUCAACCUCUCGUUCGAGGACACCGACGCCGUCAUCUUCGUCCUCGACGCGCAGAGCACGCUCCACGACAUGAUCCGCAAGCUCAGCGUCACGAUGCACAAGGCGUACACGGCCAACCCGGGCAUCCAGUUCGAGAUCUUCCUCCACAAGGUCGACGGCAUGUCCGAGGACUACCGGCUCGACACGCUGCAGAAUCUGCGGGACCGCCUCACCGAGGAGCUGUUCGACAUGUCGCCGCAACUCGAGAGCAACAUGAACGUCUUCUACCACCUCACGUCCGUGUUCGACACGUCCAUCUACGAGGCGCUGUCCAAGGUCAUCCAGAAGCUCGUGCCUGAGCAAGCCUCCCUCGAGCGACUGCUCGACCUCUUGUGCUCGCAAUGCUCGAUCGACAAGGCGUUCCUGUUCGAGACGUCGUCCAAGAUCUACAUCGCGACCGACUCGGCGCCGCUCGACAACCAGACGUACGUCAUCUGCGCCGACUACCUCGACCUCGUCGGCGACUUGACCCAGCUUUACGAGUGCGUCGACCCUCUCUCUCUCCGUGACUCUCGCGCCUCAUCCACACGCGCUCGGCACUGA